AUGGACGCCGCCGCAACCACCAUCACGCCCCGGAAGCUGGUCGUGCUCUACCCGUCACUCGGCAUGGGCCACAUUGUCUGCAUGAUCGAGCUCGGUAAGAUCUUCGUCGCCCGCGGCCUCGCCGUCACCAUUAUCGUCCUCGAUCUGCCGCACAACAACGGCUCCAGAGGGGCCUUCCUCGCGGGGGUCUCCGCCGCCAAUCCAUCCAUCUCCUUCCAUCGUCUCCCGCAGGUCAAGAUCCCACCCGUGGAGUCCAUCCACCUCGAGGCGUUGGCCUUCGAGGUCCCCCGCGCAUCAAAUCCAUACCUGCGUGAUUUCCUCACGGCCGCCUCCCCGGCCAUUUUCGUUGCCGAUUUCUUCUGCCACGUUGCCCGCGACGUGGCCUUGGAGCUUGGCAUUCCCAUCUACUUCUUCUUCCCCUCCGGCGCCGAGGUUCUGGCUGUCCUUCUGCAUCUCCCGGUCCUGGACUCUCAGACCACUGCAAGCUUCCAAGACAUGGGUGAGGAGCUCGUGCAUGUCCCCGGAAUUCCCUCGUUUCCGGCGUCGCACUCCAUGAUGCCGAUCAUGGACCGUGGCGACGCAGCCUACAAGGCGUUCGUGAACGUGUGCAGCGAUCUAUGCCGCUCACAUGGCAUCAUCGUCAACACAUUCCGCUCGCUCGAGUCGCGGGCCGUCGACGCCAUCGCUGCCGGGCUCUGCACACCUGCUGGACUCCCGAUUCCGCCAGUGUACUGCAUCGGGCCGCUGAUAAAGUCAGAGGAGGUGGGCGUCAAGCGUGGCAACGAGUGCAUCCCGUGGCUGGACACACAGCCCAAUAACAGCGUGGUGUUCCUCUGCUUCGGCAGCCUCGGCCGGUUCAGCGUGAAGCAGAUCAGAGAGGUGGCAAUCGGGCUAGAAGCAAGCGGGCAGCGUUUCCUUUGGGUCGUCAAGAGCCCGCCCAAUGAUGACCACCCAACGAAGUUGUUCGAGAACUCCUCGGAGCCGGACCUCGACGCCCUCCUCCCAGAGGGCUUCCUGGAACGGACCAAGAACACGGGCUUGGUCGUCAAGUCGUGGGUGCCGCAGCGUGAUGUGCUGCUACACAACGCGGUGGGCGGCUUCGUGACCCACUGUGGGUGGAACUCGGUGCUGGAGUCGAUCAUGGCGGGGGUGCCGAUGCUUGCGUGGCCGUUGUACGCGGAGCAACGUAUGAACAGGGUGUUCCUUGAGAAGGAGCUUGGGCUAGCAGUCGCAGUGGAAGGAUACGACAAGGAGGUGGUCGAGGCCGGGGAGGUGGCAGCGAAGGUGAAGUGGAUGAUGGACUCAGAUGGAGGGAGGGUGAUCAGGGAGCGUACGCAGGCGGCGAUGCGCCAGGCGAAGAAGGCGCUAAGCGAGGGCGGGGAGUCAGAGAAGACGCUGACGGGAUUAGUGGAAGCCUGGAUACUUGCUUGA